CUACAAUUAAUUAGUAAUAAUCAGACAGACAAAUAAGUCCGCGAUCCAAAAUUCGACAACUAAAUAAUGCCCCACGCAUUUGACUGGACGAAACCUCUGCUAAGAAGAAGCAGCAGCAGCCUAUAACAAAUUUCUCUUCCCUCUCUCUCUACUCUCUCUCACUCUCUCUACGUCGGUCUGUUUUGCCUCUGCAGCUACCUCCCAUUUAUUUUCACAUUACACGCACUCGCAUUUUUAUUUUCCCAUUGUUUUUGUUCUAUAUCCUAAAACCCUACAAGCCACAACAACAGUCGCUUCGCCAUCUUCAACUUCAAGUUGGAUUUACUCUAUAAUCAUGUCGAGGAAGAUGCUUAUUGAUGGUGAGGUGAGCCAGCCUAAUGAAGGAGAGGUCCACUAUGACUUCGACUUGUUCGUUAUUGGGGCUGGAAGCGGUGGUGUCCGUGCCUCCAGAUUUUCCGCUAAUUUUGGAGCUAAGGUUGGGAUAUGUGAGCUUCCAUUUCAUCCUAUCAGCUCAGAAGUAGUUGGAGGAGUUGGUGGAACAUGUGUCAUUCGUGGUUGUGUUCCCAAAAAGAUCUUGGUGUAUGGAGCAUCUUUUGGUGGUGAAAUCGAGGAUGCCAAGAAUUAUGGGUGGGAAGUGAAUGAGAAAGUUGAUUUCAACUGGAAGAAACUUUUGCAUAAGAAGACGGAGGAAAUAAUUCGAUUAAAUGGAAUAUACAAGCGUUUAUUGUCGAAUGCUGGGGUUAAAUUGUUUGAAGGAGAGGGGAAGAUAGUUGGUCCCAACGAAGUUGAGGUGACACAGCUAGAUGGCACUAAAUUGAGCUAUUCAGCCAAGCACAUAUUGAUUGCAACUGGCAGUCGGGCUCAACGACCUACUAUUCCUGGGCAGGAAUUGGGUAUAUCAUCUGAUGAAGCAUUGAGUUUGGAGGAGUUACCUAAACGUGUUGUGGUGCUUGGCGGAGGGUACAUUGCUGUUGAGUUUGCUUCAAUAUGGCGUGGGAUGGGUGUUUCAGUGGAUCUAUUCUUCAGAAAGGAACUUCCAUUGAGAGGUUUUGAUGAUGAAAUGAGGGCAGCGGUCGCACGGAAUCUGGAAGGAAGGGGAAUUGAUCUACACCCACAGACAAAUUUGACAGAGUUGAUAAAAACAGAGGAUGGCAUAAAAGUUAUCACGGAUCAUGGUGAAGAACUGAUAGCAGAUGUUGUACUGUUUGCCACUGGUCGAGCUCCCAAUACAAAGAGGUUGAAUUUGGAAGCCAUAGGUGUGGAACUUGAUAAAACAGGGGCUGUGAAGGUAGAUGAGUAUUCACGUACCAACAUACCUAGCAUAUGGGCUGUCGGUGAUGUUACAAACCGAGCAAACCUUACUCCUGUGGCUUUAAUGGAGGGAACUUGCUUCGCAAAAACUGUUUUUGGUGGCCAACCUAGCAAACCGGAUCACCGCGAUAUACCCUGUGCAGUGUUUUGCAUUCCACCUCUUUCUGUUGUGGGCCUUAGUGAAGAACAGGCAAUAGAACAAGCCAAAGGUGAUAUAUUGGUUUUCACAUCGACCUUCACUCCAAUGAAGAACACUGUAUCUGGACGACAAGAAAAGACAAUUAUGAAGCUUCUUGUUGAUGCUGAGACAGAUAAAGUUAUUGGGGCAUCCAUGUGUGGGCCAGAUUCACCUGAGAUUGUGCAGGGCAUUGCUAUUGCACUGAAGUGUGGGGCAACCAAGGCACAGUUUGACAGUACGGUGGGAAUACACCCUUCUGCAGCAGAGGAAUUUGUGACAAUGCGUUCGGUGACGAGGCGUAUUGCUGCAGGUAGCAAACCAAAGACAAAUCUAUAAGGAUGCAAGCAAUAGGACGAAAAGAUUUGUAUACAAGGUCUGGAGGAGUUAGUCCUGUCCUCCCAAGGCUUACGUAGUAAUUUCACAUUCACCAGAGGAGGAAACAUAGAUAUAUUUUGGGAAAUUUAAAUUGGUUGAAUUCUGUAACAAUAAGAGCUUGUAGGGCAGUAUAAGUUCUAAAUGAUUGAUGGAGAUACAAUAUUGAUCUCUACGGUGCCGUGCUUUAUAUACUGUGCAGAUACCUGUCAAUUUAGACACUGUUUAAUUGAUUGCACGAGUAAUUUACUUCCUUCCUUUUUUAUAAAAUACAAUUAAGUUUUCUGCUUA